AUGACUAUUGACAUAACUAAACUAAUAGAAGAAUUUGAGUUUAAUCGUAUACUAAAUUCAGACACGCAAACUAAGCAAAUAGCAAUACUAGGCACAAUUGAUUUAGAAAAUGCAAUACUAAUAAUUGAAAAAUCACCAUUCAACAUAGAAUUAAUCAAUUCAGAUCCAAAAUCAGUACCAACAAAAAUUAUCAGCAGUCUAUCAUUAAUUAACUCAAAUGAUGUAUAUAACUGGGCUAAAGCAACAUUAAAUCAAGACUUGGAUCAAUUGCCAGCAGCAAAAGUAAACCUAAUAUAUCCAGCUACAGAAACCCAUAUUCGAAAAUACAAUCAACAAAAAUUACAUUAUGUUAGGGAAACUCCCGAGAUGUACUACCAAUAUGUUAUACCGUACAUCGAUACUAUGAAGGGUGAAAGAUUGAAAUGGGUUUAUAAUAUUUUGUUUCAUGGUAAGGAAAAAGAAUCGUUCAUAUAUCAUGAUGAAUCAAAAGAUGGAUUUGUAUUAUUACCUGAUAUGAAAUGGGAUAAAGUCAACUUGGAGAAUUUAUACUUAUGCUGCAUAGUGAAUAGAAUGGAUAUUGGUUCGAUAAGAGAUCUAUCUGGCAGUGAUGUAAUUUAUCUUGGAAAUUUACAAAAUACUAUACAAAAAGUAACUCAUAAAAAAUUUGGACUUCCACAAGAUCAACUAAAGAUAUUCGUCCACUAUCAACCAAGCUAUUAUCAUUUCCAUUUACAUAUAGUCAACGUACAUCAUCCUGGGCUCGGUGAUGGUAUAGCUAUCGGUAAAGCUAUUUUAGUUGAUGAUAUCAUAGAUAAUUUGAAAAUAGAUGGGGAAUACUACAAAAAAAAAACUAUUGGGUAUGUCAUCGGUGAGAAUCAUGGACUUUGGCUGAUUGAAGGGUAUAGAAAUUCUGUAAGAAGUCAAUAG